AUGUCGGCUGCCUAUGCGGUGACUGUGGCUUCGGAGACUCACUGGACUUCGGCUUCGGUAAUGCCUGUGAGUCUUAUCGCCUUGCCAGCGCAAGUCGUCACAACGCCACCGAUGACGAAGGUGAAGGAGCCAGAGGUGAAAGCAUCCAAGACGGAAGGCGAGCUCGGCGCCCACACAGAGUGCAAGCAUCACCGGGACACUGCCGCGCUUGACCAGGGGAUACUGGUGACACUUAGGAAGCAGCUAAUUGUGGAUGGCAAUGCUGCGGCUCUGCGGCACCUUCUUGUAGGUCUGUCCUCUUGCGACCUUGGCGAUGCGUACUUGCACAACGUGAACUUCAGCUCAUGCGACCGAGCUUAUCCUGAGAUGUCCUGCAGCGACUUGGACUACAUGGCACGUCACCGCGUGACGUACGAAGAGCCCUUUUAUGACCGCCCGAAGGAGAAGCUCUCCUUGACCAUCCUCGAGUUGGCUUUGCACAUGACGCGACACGCCAACGAGAGGAUCCUCAUGAACUUUCUGGAGUGGAAUGCCGAGCAUGCACAGCAACAUGGGGGAGACCUGGAAGAUCGCAUCCAAAUCAUUCGGCUUUUGCUUGAGAGUGGUUUCCUUUGGGGGAGCAGUGAUCUGGUCUGCCAUGUGGUCCGACCAGACAAUGGCUACAGAAGUAUGGUUCGAGAUGCCUUCGCAAGGACGGUUUUGCACGAUUUGGUGCGGGAUGCGGUCCACCUUAGCUGGGAUCGAAUUGCCGAGUUGCGCCAAAGCCUUGCGUGCGGAGGUAAUAACAUGGAUGGAGUGGUGUGGAUUGGGGCACAGGCCCCGGACUCAUUCACACUUACUGGCCUCUUCAAUCAGAAGACAGUGCUGAUGCUCGCAGCAGAGGAUGGCAGUGACCAUGAUGCAGCCGUCAUCAAUUUCCCGGAACUGGUUCGACUCUACACAAUGAUGGAGGCGCCGCUUACGACCGUCAACGAGUACGGCUGGAAUGCAGAGAUGCUUGCGGCGGCGAAGCUCAACUAUGAUCAUGCAGGCUACCUGAGGCGUACAGUGGAGCAUCAGUGGUACCAGAAGUACGAGCAUCAGUUCGCCUAUUUGAGUUCGGCCUUUUUGCCACCAACAUGGCCUCUUCCAGCUUGGCUCGCAGACGUAGCUGUGUCAGCCUCUUUGCACAUACAUUGGCUAGCUUGGCUUGCCGUGGCCGGCAUGCUCAUCACCGUGGUGUUGUGUUUCAUGCUGUCCAGCUGCUGUCAAAGCUCCGGUGAAGGAUGCCUGACACUCCAGGGCAUCGACAUCUUUUUCAGGGUGCUUUGGCUACUGAUCCUCAACACCGCAGUUGUUGCGCUGCCUCCCAUCAUUGCCAUCGCUGUGCAGCAACAAGUAGGCUUGCUCUCGGUUCCCCCAAUCAGCAAGUGGAAUCCUCUUCCUUUGGCAACGAAGUUCAUUGUCUGGCUUUGUUUCAUUGCCGUGUGGCUCUGCAUCGCCGUCGACUGGCGCAGGGCACGCGAAAGAGCCUCCAACAUCCUCCGCGGGGUCGAGCAGAGGGUCCCAGCGGAAGCAAGAUGCAGAUACCAAGACCCGGAAUGCCACCUUGCAGGUUGCUUUUGCGUCUUUUUGCUGGUGAGCCUCCUGAUGGUCAUCUACCUUGGCAUCGUCAUGCAACCCCUGGAAAUGAAUCCCAAGAAGACGGGGCUGUGGCUGGGAUCGUUGUUGGUUCAGGUCAGAAUCACCCUCGAUGACCGCACGGUGCAAGAAGAGAUCCGCCAAGACAGGAAAGCCGUUCGCAAGGCCUUCGACGCUGCCCGCAAGGCCAUGUGGGAUGCAAGCGACUCGGCGGGGGUCUUCGGUAAAAAAGCCAUUCUUGUCUACACGCUACCCCUGUGGCUUUGCCGUGGCAGUCUCGUGGAUUUUGUAAGGGACGCGGGCAAGCCCCGCUCCCUGGUGGUUGCGGGUCAGCUCCGCACCACACGUGACCGCGGGAAGUCCCGCGUCACAGGCAGCAGGAAGACCGCCAAGACGGCGGGUCGAGGUCGCGGCAAAGGAAAGCCGGACCGCGGGCAAGCCAGAAGGCUUGCAGCCGCUGAGGAGCGGCAGGAGCCACCAAGAAGCCACAGGGAGGCUCAGGAGCGAGACCGGAUCCUCGGGACGACCGCGGCCAAGAGCCAACCAAGGAAGCCCAGGCAGACAGAGGCUGGGUACGAGAAGAUCAAGUGGAAGAAGGAGAGGCGACGAAGGAAGGACAGGAGCCGCCUCGAUCUUCGAUCGGUUCCUCGGGAGGCUCAGGCAAAUCGGGUCCUGAGGUCGGUAGCGCCGACGCGAAGCAAGCAGGCUUCGGGGCGCAAGAGGGACUUAGAGGAGUUCCUGACCGAGCAAUCCGCUCGCUUUGCGCAGCAGAGGUUCCGAGAGAGAGUGGAGACCCAGGAGGCGAUCAGGAAGAGGCUUCCUAAGGGCAGUGUGGGCGAGGUAUUGCUUAGGCAGCGGGUCGGCGAAGCUUGCAGUACCUGCAGGACCAGGCGUCGCAAGGCCGCCCCGGUUGUGCGCAACUACGUGCUUAGGAGGUUUUCUCCUAAGGCAUUGGCCCAAAGGGUUGCGGAGGCCAAUCGGCGCCGCACCGAGCCCCGACCAAAGGGGACCGCUCGAAAGAGCAAGGCCAAACCAAAGGCCACAUCAGCUCCUCUCCUGACGGAGGACGAGGAGAGCAGUGAGAGCUCGGAUGGAGAUGGAAGCGGGGUUGAUUGGGACCCCCCAAGCUCCCCAGAUGGCCCAACAGGCGGGCUGGUGACUCAGGAGGCCCAGCUGUUGCAGCUGCAAGCGUCAGGAUUGGCAGCCCGGGGAAGGCAGAGCACCUUCGAUACCGACAUGCCGGGCCCAAGCCAUCCACCGGCCCCAAGGGCCGGCCUGGUAGACACCAGGCAACUCGGGAAGCCCGAGGUUUUCAAAGGGUCCACGGAGGAAAGCUUCAGUGACUGGUCGUUCAUCUUUGAGUCUUACCUUAGCUGCAUCGACUCAAGGUACAUCGACCUGCUGGAGCAAGCGAAGUUUUCCAAGAAGAGCUUCCCAAACAGGGCUCUUUCGGAUGUAGACCGGGACCUUUCUUGCCAACUCUACUAUAUCUUGGUGAUGCUCUUGCGCGGUAGGCCGCUUGACAUCACUUACAACACGGGCCUCGGAGAAGGUCUUGAAUCCUACCGGCGCAUCUUUGAGGAGUUCCACCCGAGGGUUGCGUCACGCUAUGUGGGCACCCUCACAACGUUGCUUUCAAGCAAGUUUGGUGAUGAUGUUGAGGGGGACUUAGCGGCUUUCGAAAAGAGCGUUCGGAGGUAUGAACAGGAGAGCGGCAAAACACUGGAUGAGGAGAUGCUUUUGGGCAUUGUGGUGAAUGGGCUAAAGGACAGCAGCCUGCAAAGCCACAUCAUCCGGAACUCAAGCCGGCUCAAAUCCUUUACGGAUGUGAAGGCGGAACUUUUGGAGAUUUCGAGGACCAACCGCGUCCUGCAGAAUCUCCCGCAGCCUAUGGACCUUGGAGCUGCACCGUGGAAAAAGGGCAAAGAGAAGGGCAAGGGCAAAGACAAAGGCAAAGGCAAAGGCGACAAAGGGGGUAAAGGCCAAGGCUCAGACAAGCAAAAGCCCCAAGGCGCAAACCCCAACAAGGACCGUGAGUGUUGGUACUGCCAUAAGAAAGGGCAUGUAGAAGCCGAGUGUCGCAAGAAACAAGCCGAUGCCAAAGCCAAGCCCAAAGCUAAAGCAAAAGGUGGCGGGAAGAACCGCACACCUCAUGCGGCUAGCCCCGCUGAGGGCGAGGAGGAACCAGAGCCCAUGUCUGCAUCGCCGGACCUUUGCUUUGGUGUGGUGGCGGCAACGCCCAGCACCGAGGCCAGUGAGACCGAGGUUCUUGUAGAUACGGGGGCAGGGUCUCACCUGUUUCGGAAAGGGUUUGACUCCGGUGCUUUGUUGGGUUCUCGUGUUUCGGGGCCUGGAAUGGUUACCGUUACGGGUGAGCCCUUGGCUAGCGACCAGAGGCUUAGGAGCCAGCUCGAAACCAGUGCUGGGACCUUUUCGGUAGAGUACGCCGAGUCUGAAAAGGUUAGGUUUUCGGUGCUUUCUGCUGGCCAAGCGGCCACGAAAGGCACCUGGACGGUGAUUGGCCCCGGUGUGCAGUGUAUGGUUCUAGAUAAGCAUGCGUGUAAGCUUAGGAAAGCCCUAGGAGAGACCAAAGACACGAUGCAACUCAGAAAGAAGAGAGGGGUAUUUUGGCUCCCAGUGAACGUGGUGAAAGAAAGUGAAAGGGUUGAAGACCCAGACGUGUUAGCAGCUACGAGGGCUGCUAAGAAGACGGUGCCAGCAAAGGCGCUGGCAGGUGAAGGCGAGGAGCCUGGUGAAGCGGGUGACUCCGCUCAGCCGGGCCAAAGCUCAAGUGCGGGCGGCCCCGCCGAUGCGGGGAGUUCCGCUGCGAACCCUGGUGCGGGUAACUCCGCCGGUGCAGGGAGUUCUACUGACGGCCCUGGCGCGGGUGGCCCCGCCCAGAGGCUUCCGGAGAUUGGCGACGUGCCAAUGGAAGUGUCUGAGGCCACGCGGCGGCCGAAGACAAAGAAGAUCCCGGACACGGUUAGCAAAGCCGAGUUUGACGAGCAUAUGCUUACGCAUCUGCCCAUGCGAAGCUGGUGCGAUCACUGCAUGCACGGCAAGGUGCGUGAGGAUGCGCACUCAGCUCGGGAGCCCAGCGGUCGCGCGUCGGAGGUGGCGCGCAUCUCCCUGGACUACUGUUUUCUGGGACGGGCCUUGAAGGGCCCAGUGAACUCCGUAGAGGAGGUCAAGGUGCCUCAGGAUGAGAAGGAUGGUCUCCUUCCCAUUCUGGUGAUCGUGGACGAAAAGUCCGGUUGUGUUUUCUCUGGUGUGGUGGCUAAGGGCGUUAACCCGUAUGCCACUGGAUUGGUGACUGAAGCGCUCAAGUUCUGCGGGCGCCAAAAGGUCAUCAUGAUGAGCGAUGCUGAGCAUAGCAUCCGGGCACUUGCUGAAAGUGCCGCCAAGUCUUGGACUGGCAGCGUGCAGCACCAGACUGCACCGAAAGGUUCUCACGCAUCUAACGGCGCGGCCGAGCGAGCCAUUUUGGAGCUGGCGCGUCAGGUGCGAACUCUUGCGAGCGCGCUGGAGAAUCGCUACAAGAAGCCCCUGGAGACUGAGGGGGUUGUCUUUCCGUGGUUGGUGCGGCACGCAGGGUGGCUCAUCUCCCGUUUCUUGGUGAAGCAGGACGGGAGAACACCUUACGAAAGGCUUCGAGGCCGGGACUUCCGCGGCGAAGUUGCUGAGUGCUGCGAGGUCGUGCACUACAAGCUUGACAAAGAGAAGACUGGCAAGCUGGACAAGCAAACGUCAGUUGGAGUUUGGCUAGGCAAGUCUCUUGCCUCCGACGAGCACUUCCUGGGCACUGCUCAGGGGAUCCGUCGGUGCAGAAGCAUCUGGCGAAGGCCAGAAGAGAAGAGGUGGGCUGGCAACCGUCGUAGGCAGCCCUCGGUGUAUAUCACCUUGGAGCGUCAGAUCAAGCACGGCAAGACACCUGGAUGUCCUGGCUGUGAGUGUGAUGACGACAACCCAAAGCGGCACAACGACGAGUGCCGUAAGAGGUUCGAGAAGUUGUACCCGAGACAACCGGUGCCAGGCACGCCUGGUACACCAGUCCCUGGGACGCCUGCGGGACCCAUGGAGACUGAAGGAGGUCAGGCCGUGAUGCCCGAGGGCACCGGCCAAGACUUGGAGUCGGGAAGCACCGAGCCGAGUCAACCUUCAAGGCCAAGGGCCAUGGAGGGGACCUCUGAGGCUAAGUCAGGCCAGAAGCGAGAAGUUGAGGAUGCGGGUGUCCCCGCUCCUUCAAGUGACAGCGGGCAGCGCCGCGUUACUGGAAAGAGCUCACAAGGAGCGAAGAAGCAGAAGACGCCAGAAGCAAGAGGUGAAAAGCGUCCUCUUGAGGACCAGGAGUUGAUGGGGGGACUGCCCACGCUCCACGAGAAAGGCGAGUGGGAGCCUUUGUUUGCUUACCCUCUGGACGGCAGAGUGGAGGAGCUUGGUGCCUACGACGAGCGAACAGGCCAGCCCCUUCCCGUUGACAAGGUCAAGACUGCAAGAGGGCGCGAGCUGGACAAGAUGGAGGAACACUCUGUCAAGAAGGACAUCUCUUGGGAGGAGGCGCGACGGCAGGGGCUAAAGAUAGUCCGAAGCCGGUGGGUGGAUGGUUGGAAACCAUUGCCCAAUGAUCCAAAUGGGGUGCGCAGCCGCUGCGUAGCCCAAGAGAUCAACGACCACGAGCGCGACGACGUUUUCAGUGGAACACCGCCGUUGCGGACGCACCGCAUGGUACUUUCAGCUGCAGCCACUGCAAAGGCUGGCAGGACCAACCGGCGCAAGCUUAUUGCCCGGUAUGGUGUUUCUGUUGCCUUCUUUCAUGCGGUGGCCACGGGCAAAAUUGCGGUCGUCCCUCCGAAAGAUCUCGAUCAAUCGAAGCUCUGGUACUUGCUCAAAGCCAUGAAUGGCACACGUGAGGCUUCGCGACAGUGGUCAAAGCGCGUGUGUGAGGUCAUGACGGAGGCAGGUUUCUGGGAGGUUCCAGGAAUCCCUGGCCUCUUCUACCACGACGAGUGGUGCGUGACCUUGAGCUGCCACGGCGACGACUUUAUCGCUGAGGGCGAAAGCGACGAUCUGGAUCGACUGGAUGCGCUGAUGAUGCAAUCCUUUGAGAGCAAGAUAUUGCCACGGAUUGGCCCUGAGGAGUUCGGAGGCCAGACCACGCAUGGUGAUCAUCUGCACCGCAUCAUUCGAUGGAGCGAGCGCGGGUUCACUUGGGAAGCUGAUCCUAAGUACUCGCGGCAGAUCGUUGAGGAGCUCGGGCUUACGGACGCUAAGAGCGCAGACGCCCCAUGUUCUACGGAAUGUGGGAAAGGCCGCAGGGAUCUCGAAGAUCCUUUGGACGCUGAGGCUGCAGCGAAGUUCCGGAGACUCGCUGGUACUGCGCUUUACCUGUCCCAGGAUCGCCCGACGAUCCAGUAUGCCUUGUCGGAGAUCACCUCUGGCAUGGCAAAGCCUACGGUUGAACACGAGCUCAAGCUCAAGCACCUAGGCCGUUACCUUCUGAAGUACCCGAAGGAAGUUUGGCACUACGAGUACCAGGAGCAGCCUGAGGAAGCUGUGGUGCUUACGGACUCGGACUGGGGAGCGUGCAAGCGCACGCGCAAGUCUAUGUCCAGCUACGCUGAGAGAUUUGGGAAGCAUCUCAUCGAUGCUUCGUGUGCCAAGCAAUCGGUGAUAGCGCUCAGCUCUGGAGAGGCUGAGUUUUACGCGUUGGUGCGAGGAGCUGCCGCCGGACUGCUGACAGCGCAGAUCUGGGAACGGAUUGGGUUUAAGGGUUUGAAGCUUACCCUGAGAACCGAUUCGAGCGCAGCAAAGGGAAUCGCGACACGCAAGGGCUCGGGCAAGGUGAAGCACUUGUCCAUGAAGGAGCUUUGGAUACAGGACUGUGUUCAGAGAAAGCAGCUUACGGUGCAGAAGGAACCUACGAAGAGUAACUGGGCCGACUUGGGCACGAAAGCUCUUUCAGGCUCAAGAGUGACAGAGCUAGUCAAGGGCAUGCCUCUCACAAGGGGCUUGGUCAUGGCGUGCCUGUUCGCGUCCUUUGGCGUGGCUACGGGGCAGCCGAAGGAGCGCCAGCUCGAGACUGAAGACGUUUCCUUCUUCAUCUACAUGCUGAUCAUCCAUAUCUUGGCGAUCCAGACCAUUUGGCGAUGGAUCAAGCUUGCGUUUGUGUGGUGGACCACGCCACAUGUUUCAACGAAGCCGGCCCCUACAGCUGGAGGCCGCGUGGACCGACGAGGUCUAGAGGCGAAUGCGGGUAGCCCCGUCUACGUCACCCGUAAGGGCAAGAAGUUUCAUAGGUCAGCUGUCCAGCUCAAGGAUUCAGCUGGCCAUGGUGAGUAA